AUGGACAAUUGCAAACCAAAGACCGAGUCAUGGCUGCUUCAGUCCCUAACCAAGUUUAUAGCGCUAGUGGCGCAUCUUGGGCUGCCGCCGAAAAGCUCCGAAGCUGGCAAUGGCAAGCUGGUUGCGAACUAUUUGCGCCUCAAUCUUUUAUCGCAACUCAGACAGCAGCAGGCUGUGUCUAAAGCAGAAAGGCCUCUGGAGCCCAAAGAAAGGGACUUACUGAUCCAAUGGUGGAUAACACUGCUCAAUUUCCUCAAUAGCGACUCUCGGGGCCCAGAACAGGACGAAAUUCCGCCCUUACUCACCAUCGAAGUUUGCUCGGUGACUUUGGAAAGCAUCAGCCGGAUUUUGACACUUGUGGGUCUCGCAGCUUCGUCUCAACACGAGCUCGACACACUCGCGUACCACACGCUCUUGACGGUCCACUACGUCACCAAUAGACUUAUUUUCAACACUAAGAAACGCAAAUUCAUUCUAUCUAACAAACAAUUGGGUCCGGCACACGCGAAGCAGCAGCUAACUUACCACAAUCAGUACAAUCAGCUGCUUAAUUCUUUUAUGGGCAAACUGAUGGCGUACGCAUUCUUCUAUCUGGACGCCUCAUUCGACUAUGAAUAUCUAUUGCUGCGAUUUCUCGAGCCCGGUGUUUGUGUGAUAGACCAUUCUUUUCCAGCAUUUCCUUGGAAACACAAGGAUUAUAAACUUGCGGGCCAAGGUCUCUUCAAAAGUCUUCCAUACACAUUGGCCGAACAGGAUAGAAAAAUAUUCCAGGUGGUGAUAUCGUACUUGAAAAACGAUACAGUUUUUAUGGCAUUCUACUGGCAUUAUUGGCAUAUAGCGCUCAACACUCUCGGGGCGCAGAACAUCAAAGUAAUUGAUCAGGCUUCAAUACCUGGAUGCAAGGUCAUUACUCGUUACGUUGGCAAAAACCUCCAUUGCGAUAUCAUGGCUUUCACCCGCUUUAUGAAAUCGCAAGAAAUCGAUGGGUUUCACCAUACGCGACCAAAUGGACAGGCCUUCUCCAUAACAGGCGAACAAAUUGACAAUUUUGUAUUUUCGAACUUCAAAACCGUAAAAUUGUGGGAGUGUGUGCGAUCGUUAACUGGCAGUCUUCAUCCAGCUUUUCCAGAUCAACUAUAUGCCUUUAUUAAGUUUCAUGAUAAUAUCAUGCUCCAGAAACUUGCAAAGAUACCUGCACAUGAUUAUCAGCUUGGAAACUUGAUUUACAACCGUCUGCUGCAGUUUGUUUUGUUUCAAUUCAAUUCCAUGGGAUCUUAUCUGCUGGCUCUGAAUUGGCGAAAAUGGUGUCAAGGCCUAACGCGAAUGCUUCGAACUCUAAACGUCAGCUGUCAAUCGGUUGCACUAGUUUCGCUUUUCAAUAUGUGGGACUAUAUCCCUGCGGAUCAAAAGCUGAGAGACGAAUUCGUGUCUAUUUUGGUCAUAGAUAUGUGGGAGAUCUUGGCUGAAAACACAAUAUUCGAUAUUGUUCGAAUCCUGUUCUUCAAGAUAGUCGUAUUUCGACUGCUUAAUACAGCUAAUAGUGAUGGUCUUGAGGUCAUGAAAGACCGUGUGGUGAGAAAUCUUCAAGAGGCACAUGUGCGCGCAGUGGCAUUGGCGCAUGAAAUUCCAACUGAAAUGCUCCCGACUCCGUCGACAGACGUUCUGCUCUUUCACAUCAACCGCAAGCUGGUGUUGUCAAAGGUUGAUUUGCCUAGUGAGGAGAGGGUCCUAAAAGAACUCGAGAGCAACGUUAAAAAUCUGGACGAGGAUAGACGAAUAAUAUUACGCUCAGUGGUCAUGACAGCCAACGUUAGACCCUUGACAGUGUUGUUGCGAGGUCGAUAUCCAUUCGACAUUCUAGAUGAUAUGGUUUUGAAAGCUGCUAAGAAGGCCGCCAAACAACGCAGUCAGGGCAUCGUGUCUCAUCCGUAUCAGAGGAGUCGCUCUACAAGUGUCAGCAGCAAGAGCACAAAUGAUUCACUCGCUGACGAAGAACACGACACCUCUGUUGCUAGCGCAUUAGGGUCAUUUCUGUCAAAAUUCGGCAGUUCAAAUUCAAAGACGCCAAAGAAAACUAAAGUGUCAUUAACGGAACGCUUCACCAGAAGCGUGGGAUCGAGUGAUUCUAGAGCAAAAUCUGAGUCAAAUUCAAAUUCUGAUGUCAAGCUUGAUAGUGAAUCUACAGAGAUGAUUUCAAUGUACUCUUCGCUCUCGGCUGCUUCUUCUUUGUCUGCUCAUAGAAGUGGCUCUUCUUUAGAGCUCAAAGCUCACCAAUCAAUUCCUUCUAGAGACUCGUUGACACUGCGUAAAUCAUCUAUUAAGGAUGCUCAAGAUGUCUCAACAGUACCACAACCUCAAAAGAAGAAAAAACUGCUCGCACCACCAGAAUUGAAAUUCUCUGGAGACAUUGGUAAAGCUGCGCCUGUCAAGUGGAUGUUUCGCGCGAUAACAGCACCUAUGUCGGGUUUAGGUUCAUCAGCGGGACAGAUAGUUCAAGAAGCAAACAAUAAAUGGGGAAUUGCUAGUGCCAGAACUUACGACAAGCCUCUGCCCCCGACAAAGGAGACUGUAGGCCGUGAUAUGGACGAUGGUUUCGACCUCUCACCUUUAACAGAUAGUUUGAACAGUUUGGGCUCGUCCGAGAGUCUCGUUGUGGGUUUUUCAAAUGACGCUGGCGUCAAUUCAAGAUCACCUCAGUCAGUGGUACCCCACCUGUACUUUCUCGGCCUAGGAAUUGAUUCCACCCAAAACCAGCAUGCUCCAGGCAUCAAUGAGGAGACGAGCUUCUCUGUCGGUGGCGAUAAGUUGACGAAAAAUGGUUCUGAAGGCUCUUUGGCUUUGAACGAGACAAAUGAGACAGCUGUACGUAGUACCGCUUUCACAAUGAGACAGGGGACAAAGCUUGGUCAGUUGGUAAAAAUGAUUUCAGUUUUUAACGAUACCAUUUCAGAACGAAUGAAUUUCAUGGACAUGGUUCAUCACUCCGACGAAAGAAUUAUGUUAGACCCCGAACUGAGCAGUUUUCGCAGCUCCCAAAGUGGUUACAGAAACCUUGACAAUGCUCGAGUAGAGUACAUGUAG